UUUCGCGAAUCGCGUCCGUAAACCGUGUUGGUACGUUCGCGGUGCGCCAUCGUGUCUCGCCCGUAGAUCGCGACGGCACUGCCGCGCCUACGAUUCGGCGUGCCGCACGACCGAGGAGAAAAAUCGACCGCGGUAUUUUUAUUUGCUCAUUUCAAUUCCUCCCCCGUUCGCGAAACUUCUUCGCGUGGUUCACCUUUUCGGCGAAUCAUCGCGUUCGACUCGCAGCCGUUUUGUACCGUCGUCGCACAUCCCCUUACCCGUACGCGAACCGGUUUCCCAGGUACAUUUUCUUCAUCUUCUCGUGUCCGCAAACGGAAACGUUCCGUACGGUUCUCAUUCUUUUAUUUCAUUUUUAUUGCAAAACAGUCUUUCAGCGUAUGCGUGCGCGCGUUUGACGGAUACAAAAUUGUUUUUUUUUUUCCGUCAAGUCGAUUGGCCGUAACAGCGCACUCAUCUCGACCGUUCCCAUAUGUUUCAAUAAAGCAGCUGUUUUCUACGCGAAUUUUUUUUUUUCCCCCCCGAUACCGAAUAAUUUGUUGCACGGACCAGUCGUUCGCCAACGUGAUUCGACCGACGAUUUUUCGGAGGUUUCCGUCUCGUGCGUGGUCAGCGCAAUCCGUCGGCCGCAGCAGCAGCGUAGCGGACGGCCGUUAUGGUGGCGUCCGCGGACCGCCGCGAGAGCUUCGGCGUGGACAGCAGUAUGUUCCACCACCGGAAGCCGGCGAACGGAGCGAACAAAGACAAGUCGUCGGACGUGGCCGUGUACACGAUCUCGGUGGUGGGCGGCUAUGAGAACCAGGGCUUCAAACAGGAUGAACAAUCGGGCGACGGCGGCCUGGCCAAGCCGCCGCCAAUGGGCGACGACGACGGUAGCGACGACCACCUGCCCAAGGGAAAGUUCAAGAUGUCGCCCAAGGAGAAGUGGCGGAUCCUGAAGAACGUGUCGACCAUCAGCCUGGCGUUCAUGGUGCAGUUCACCGCGUUCCAGGGCACGGCCAACCUGCAGAGCUCGAUCAACGCGCGUGAGGGCCUGGGAACCGUGUCGCUGUCCGCCAUCUAUGCCGCGCUCGUGCUCAGUUGUAUAUUCGUGCCCACGUUCCUCAUCAAACGGCUGACCGUCAAGUGGACGCUGUGCCUGUCCAUGCUGUGCUACAUACCGUACAUCGGCGCGCAAUUCUACCCGCGAUUCUACACGCUCGUGCCCGCCGGCGUGCUGGUCGGCCUGGGCGCCGCGCCCAUGUGGGCCGCUAAGGCCACGUACCUUACGCAGACCGGCGCCGUGUACGCCAAGCUCACCGACCAGCAGGUGGACGGCAUCGUCGUCCGUUUCUUCGGGUUCUUCUUCCUCGCCUGGCAGACCGCCGAGCUCUGGGGAAACCUCAUCUCGUCCCUGGUAUUGUCUAGCGGUGCCCAUGGUGGCGGCAGCGGUGACAACAGCACGAUGCUGUCAGAAGAAGAAUUGCGGCUGUGCGGUUCCAAUUUUUGCGUAAUGGGAAACCACGCCCUUGACAAUUUGGAAAGGCCGCCGGACUCGGAGAUAUUCGAGAUAAGCACCAUAUACCUCACGUGCAUCGUACUGGCCACCAUCAUCAUAGCCUUGUUCUUGGACCCGUUAUCCAGAUAUGGAGAGAAACAGAGGCGCGCCGAUAGUCAAGAACUGUCUGGUAUUCAGUUGCUGUCGGCCACUGCUUAUCAGUUGAAAAAACCGUACCAACAACUUCUCAUACCGAUCACUGUUUGGAUUGGAAUGGAACAGGCAUUCAUCGGAGCCGAUUUCACGCAGGCUUACGUAUCCUGCGCCCUGGGCAUCCCUUCCGUCGGAUACGUGAUGAUCUGCUUCGGCGUGGUGAACGCGAUUUGCUCGCUGCUGUUCGGCACCAUCAUGAAGUAUAUCGGACGGAUGCCGCUGAUGGCGCUGGGCUUCAUCGUCCACUCUACGCUCAUAUGGAUCCUGAUCGUGUGGCGGCCUCAUCCCAACAACCCCAAGCUGUUCUUCACCAUAUCGGGACUCUGGGGUGUCGGCGAUGCCGUUUGGCAGACCCAGAUGAGCGGUAUCUACGGCACGCUGUUCAGACGCAACAAGGAGGCGGCGUUCAGCAACUACCGGCUGUGGGAGUCGGCGGGCUUCGUGGUGGCGUACGCGUACAGCACGCACCUGUGCGCCAGGAAGAAGCUGUACGUGAUGGGCGUGGUGCUGUGCAUCGGGUUCGUGGGCUACAUAAUCGUGGAGAUCCGUCACAGCAUCAAAGCCAGACGGCUGAGGCGACUGGCGGAGGACCCGAAGUCGGAGCCGCUUCCCGACGAGACCGUGAACGAGACGGACGACGAGAAGGACGACAUCGACGACGAGAUCAUAGUGACGCACUUGUGAGGGCGGACGAAGAACGGAGAACGACACGGGUGAUUGAUCGAGUGGAAGAAGAAGUGAAAAACGUAAACAACGACCGCAACAACAA